AUGUCCAAGUUUGGAAGCUCCAGCAAGCAAUUCCUGUACAUCAAGGAUGACAUCAGCGUUCGUCUUAAUGAAAGUAUCUGGGAUGAAGCGAGAUACAAUCUAGCCACUCACAUUAUGUCCAACGGCGUUGAACUAAUAAUUGCUAGUGAUAAUAACAAAAUAAAAAAUUUGGAAAAGUCAAAAGCGAAUUUACCAAAAAUUUAUAGUAAUUUUAGCCAGCAAGCAAACCCCAUUUUAAUAACACAAGCACACCACAAGCCGUUGACUCUAUCGCCCAGUACUUUACAAAAUCAAAUGAAGAUCUUCACGCUGCCUUUAAACAAUCAGAACAAUUUGAUAAUUCCCGAAAAUGAUAGUUCAUUUGUUACCAAAAUUUGUUUAACAACCUAUGCGUAUCGUACAAGUUUUGUAAAAAAUGGCACUACACACGUUGAGAGCAAGAAAAUGGUUGUUACAAAUAGCCUGACAGAAGAAAAAAUGUAUAGCCAUUUAAUUCCUGAUGUUACUUUCUCCAAGGUUCCGGAGCUUAUUGUUGGCGUGUUUCCUACCACAUAUCACUUUUAUAACACUUUUGAUAAGAACCAGGAUUCGCUUCCUUUAGUGAUCAAUUCUAAAUAUACUAUAACAAAUACUAUAACGGAACCACCCAAGCUCCAUAGGCACGACUCUAAAAACAGCCCUGCCUUGGAUUUAGCUUAUGGAAAUGGCUUCCUUAAUACUGGAAUACCCAUAAGACCUGGUGAAGUGAUAACAGCCAGUGCAGAUGUUAUUUUUGGAAGACGAACAGUUCUUUCCGGCCCCACUAUAUCCACACUUCUUCAGCGGGUAAAUCUAAAAAAUGGUGUCCUUAGUCAUACAAUUAAUAUGCAUGCGGCGCCCAUAACAUUUAAAAGAGAAAUGGAUCCCCACACUACAGAUUCGAGUAAGAAUGAAAUAUGUGUGUCUAUAAUAAAUAAUGACACUAAAUUGGAAGAAACUCAGUGUGUGUGUCGCGCAAGUUUUGGACGAAUGUUUCCGGAUCGACCCUGUAAGCCUACCUAUACAUAUGAAAUGCAGAUUCAAGCCAAUUUCGAGGAAAAUAACUUGCGGCUGAUCGAUAUAUUUAAAAAUGAUAUGAUAUUAUUGGAGGCCGCUGAUCGUAUGCUAAUGCAAUCCGACCUUCGAGAUAUAUAUUAUAAUGUUCAAUUGAAAGCGGUCAUUUCUACGCAACAUAAUGAUUCUUUUAUUGUUCAAUUUAUACUGCAGCUCUCCGAAAACAGUAAUGAAAAUAGACUUAAAACUAUUUUUCAAAAAUAUUUACGACAAAGCAACUUUAGUAUUGGAAAUACUGGAUUGUAUUCCUCAAAGAAUGGACUUGAUUUGUUAGACAUUAAAGAUUUCGAUGAAUGCGUUUCCGAAAACUUUAACGACUGUUCCAUAAAUGCCCAUUGUUUUAACUUAAUUGGUAGCUAUACUUGUAGUUGCAAGAAUGGUCAUAUAGAUAUAUCAGAUAAUGCUCUAUAUCCCGGCCGAAUUUGCUCAGACAAUACCAUUGGAUGUGAUAUUUGUAAUUAUCAUGGGAAGUGUAUUAUUACAGAAAAAAAAAAUGUGAAAUGUAUGUGUCAUUCCUGGUAUGCUGGACACAAGUGCAAAGUUAAUAUUAAGAUUAUAGUAAUCUUUAUAAUUAUUGUCGGUACAAUACUGGCUAUAUUUCUACUAUUUUAUUUAUUACUUAUAAACACUAUAUGA